CCCUCACCGCGCCUCCAGCCCUCCCCACUCACCUCGUCGCCGCCGGUCCUCCCCCUUCGCCUCGUCGCCGCCGGCGACCCCCCCUCGCCUCGUUGCCUCCGGCGCCCCCCCCCUCGCCUCGUCGCCGCCCGCGGCCAGCCAUGGACGUUGCCCCCGGCGAAGACCCCCCAGCAGACCCCUCCGGUAUGUAUUACCGCAGAAAAAGGAAUCGUCCCGACCCCAUCAAUAAUCUUUCAAUUACUGGAAAUAGGGUUCACAGUUGGGGAUGUGGCAGUGUUACCAAGGAGUGGGACAGGGUGUAUGCUCAGAAGGUCCAAUUAUUAACUUUCCUUUCUACUCUGCCCGAGUCUGCUCUGAGUUAUGGGCCGAGUGCUGAAACUAAUAUGGCCAAUUCUAUCGAGCAAAGAGAACAGAAAGAGAGUGCAAUAAUAGUUCUUGAUUCGGAUGAUGAAGAUGAAAGCACAGGAGCACACAAACAACUGACGCCUGAGAAAAACAAUCAGCUCACACCUGAGAAAAAUAAACAGAUGAUACCAUCAGAACAGGCUGGUGCUCUCAUGAGGGUGGUAACCGAAGGAAUUGAUGAAGUAAAUGAGACAAUGCAUGUUAGAGACCAAAACAGUCAAAUUGUUCCAUAUAGUCCAAGUGCAGCUUUAAUGAGUCAGUAUCCUGUGACCAGCUAUCAGCCAUCAGCAGUUCUGUUUGAGAGAGUUAUAUUGCAGAAAAGACCCGAGGAGGAACGUAUCCAUGAUCUGGCCGUUGCCACCCAUAAGGAAAAAAUAGCAGAAACACAAGUUCUCCCUCCACUUCCUAAGGAGAGAAAAAAACGAAAAGUUGAUCGCUCCCAGGUAGAUGGGGAUGUUGCAAUUGUGCCAAGAGAACGAAAAAGGAAAAAUGAAGCAAAUCCAGCAGUAUUUGAUUUGCCCUCAGAACCCUACAAUCCUGUGGGGGAAGACAAGCCUGUGGAGGAAGAUGAGCCUAUGGGGGAAGAUGAGCCUAUGGAGGAAGAACAUAUACAAGAAAAUGAAAGUGAUGGUCUUGAUGAUUUUUGGAAUGAGUACUCAGUGGCACUUGAGAGCUCUAAGCUCGACACACUUGAAGAGGCAGCCAAUGAGAAAGAAGUGGGUGAGAAAGAGGUGGAUAACGUCUGCAAUCAUGACAUACAGAUUCAUGAAGAUCUGGGCCAUGUAUGCCGUGUCUGCGGUAUGAUUGUGAGAAGGGCUGACACAAUCAUUGAUUAUCAGUGGAGAAAGGCAUCAAGGUCAAGAUCGUAUUUCUCUGAAAAGCGUUCAAAGGAUUCUGACGAGAUUGUCACUGGUGAUGUUAGAGUCACUGAAGAACUCAAUGCGUUAGACAUUGCUAUUCACCCAAGACAUCAAAAGCAAAUGAGACCACAUCAGUUGGCAGGUUUCCACUUUCUGGUCAAGAAUCUGGUCUCUGACAAACCAGGAGGUUGCAUUCUAGCUCAUGCCCCUGGUUCGGGGAAAACAUUUAUGCUGAUUAGUUUCAUUCAGAGCUUCUUGGCAAAGUAUCCCUCUGGAAGGCCUCUCGUUGUACUCCCUAAAGGCAUAUUAGGUACAUGGAAAAGGGAAUUUCAACAGUGGCAAGUGGAGGACAUACCACUGUAUGAUUUGUAUUCUGUCAAGAGCAGAGCAGAGCAGUUGGAAAUCCUUAAGUCUUGGGAAGCCAAUAGGAGUAUCCUCUUGGUGGGAUACACUCAGUUCUCUUGGAUCAUUACCAGUGACGAGGGUGGCGCCGUUGCAGCUGGAUGCCGGGAGAGGUUGCUUAUGGUCCCGAACCUACUUAUAAUGGAUGAGGGCCAUUUACCUAGGACUGAGUCAACUAAUGUGCUAGAAUCACUGCAGAGAGUAGAAACUCCACGUAAGGUGGUCCUAUCUGGUACACUUUUCCAGAAUCAUGUCUCGGAAGUGUUCAACAUCGUGAACCUUGUACGCCCAAAGUUUCUCAAGAAGGAAUCAAGUCUCGUUGCCCGUAUAAUGAGUCAAGUAUCAAUAUCAGGUCGCAGGAUUUCAAAAGAAGACACUGAUAAAUUCACUGAGUCGGUAGAAGAGACCCUGCUGCAUGAUGGUCACUUCACGAGAAAAGUAAACGUCAUUAGAAGUCUCAGAGAACUAACAAAAGACGUGCUUCACUACUACAAGGGUGAUAUCUUAGAUGACCUACCUGGCCUUGUAGACUUCAGUGUCUUCUUGAAACUCAGUCCCAAGCAGAAAGAAGUCGUGCAUAAGUUGGAAGCCUAUGAAAAGUUCAAAAAGAAUGCAGUAGGAACUGCCCUGUACAUGCAUCCAUGCCUGUCAGAAAUGUCAGAAGUUGCUGCGGCAGAUAGGGCUUCCAACUUAACGGAUGCAGGUGUUGAUCGUCUGGUCCAGUCUAUCAACGUGGCCGACGGUGUGAAGGCCAGGUUUUUCACCAAUAUCCUGGCACUUGCGGAAUCUGCAGGAGAGAAGGUCCUUGCUUUCAGUCAGUACCUACUUCCCAUGAAAUUUUUGGAAAGGCUAUUGGUGAAGACAAGGGGCUGGCACUUAGGGAAGGAGAUGUUUGUGAUCCGUGGUGAUAGCAAAUGUACUAUGGAAGAAAGAGAACUGACAGUGGCUCAGUUUAACAACUCUGCUGAUGCAAAAGUCCUGUUUGGCUCUAUCAAGGCAUGUGGGGAGGGCAUCUCCCUGGUGGGCGCAUCGAGAGUGGUCAUCCUAGAUGUUCACUUGAACCCCUCCGUUACCCGUCAGGCAAUCGGACGGGCGUUCAGGCCUGGACAGAAGAAGAAAGUGUUUGUCUACAGGCUCGUAGCAGCUGACUCUCCGGAGGAGAACACCCAUAAAACUGCAGUCAAGAAGGAGGUGAUACCAAAGCUGUGGUUUGAAUGGAGCGAGCAGCGCUGCACGUCGGAGGGCUUCCAGCUGAACGAAAUCGACAUCGAUGACUGCGGGGACGAGCUGCUGGACAACAGGGCGAUGCGACAGGACAUCAAGGCCUUGUACACAAGGUGAAGGCAGGCUGGCUGUUGUACAUACACCGUGUACAUAUGGCUUGCUGAUCGUAGGAGAUUGUCAUUGCUCUCAGGGUGUUGCAGCUGUUGCUCCGUUGUGGUGGAACUCCAAGCAAGGGUUUUCUGUUCUUCGUGCCGUCUUCCUGCCUAUGUCUGUUGGGCGACCUACCUACCUACCUGUUUUGUAGUAUGUGCCGACUUGGGACAGCAAUUAGCCAGGGAGCCGAUCCUCGUCGCAUCUCUUGAUCAGGACUCCCAGGAUUAAGCAGAUACGCGUUAUCGUAACGAAAUAAUGUUGUUGUUUUGGAUGCCAAACAUUGGGCUGCAUUGCACUGCACCACCCACCGUUGUCGGUAGGGUGAUGAGUGUUUUCUGUGCACAGAAAAUGCAGGUACUCUCUGUUAUGAGGGGAGGAAAACUGAAAUACCCCCUGCAAGUCAUAAAUUGGAACUCGGUGUCGUGCUGAGAGAUUACAGAUUGUUGCUGUCUUAA